CGUCAUAAAAAAAAUAAAAAAAAUAAAUAAAAAAACCAUAACGGAAUGAAGGAACUUGAUGAAAUGGAGAAGCAUUUAAUCUUGUUUCUCUUCAUCUUAUUUUCUUGUCUGAGUAUUGGGCAGAACAAAGCCUAUGCUCGCGGAGCCACUUCCAGAAAGUCUAGAAACACUACUAGUCCAUUUGAUGUUGGUGUAAUUCUUGACACCAAGACAUGGAUUGGAAACAUAAGCUGGAGGUGCAUGUCCAUGGCCAUGGAAGACUUCUACAAUUCUCAUUCAUACUUCACCAAAAGGCUUUCACUUCGUUUGCAAGAUGUCAACCAGGAUGAUCCUGUUGAUUCUGCUUUUGCAGCGGUUGAUUUUCUGAAGAAUGUUCAAGUGCAAGCUAUAAUUGGACCACAAACAUCAACACAAGCUAAGUUUGUGAUUGAGCUUGGAAACCGUUCUCAAGUUCCAAUCAUCUCUUUCACUGCUAAGAGCCCUUCUCUUUCAACAAAGCAGUCUCCAUACUUCAUCAGGACCGGAAUGAAUGAUGCUUCUCAAGCCAGAGUACUUGCUUCUCUUGUUCAAACCUUUAGAUGGAGACAAGUAGUUCCUAUCUAUGCAGAUACUGAAUUUGGCAACGGGUUUAUACCGAAUCUCAUAGAUGCCAUUGUUGAGGUCGACGCUGUUGUGCCUUACCGGAGUCCUAUUCCUCUUUCGGCCACUGAUGAAGACAUUAGCAAGGAGCUUGAGAAGCUCAAGAACAUGCAGACCAGAGUCUUCAUUAUCCACAUGCCACACUCUCUUGGAUUAAAAUUCUUCUUAAAUGCAAAUAAAGCAGGAAUGAUGAGCAAAGGUUAUGUUUGGAUCACUAGCUAUAGCUUGACAGAUAUUGUGGACAUCUAUAGACCAUCAGCAGCCAAUGUAAUGCAAGGUGUUUUGGGUAUUAAACCUUAUGUCAGUAAGAACAACUCUAAGUUUCAGGAUUUCAAGGCAAGAUGGAGAAGGAGAUUCAAGUUACCCUUAACAGUGUUUGGUUUAUGGGCUUAUGAUACAGUAUGGUCAUUGGCAUUGGCAGCUGAAAAGGUUCCUACUCCAGGGAACUAUACAUUCACAAAGAAUAAUGUGGAGGAAAUGAAGUACUCUGCUGAUUUGGAAAGUAUUGGCAAGUCUCAGACUGGAUUAGAACUUGUCCAGUGGAUCUCAAAAACCACAUUUGAUGGAGUUAGUGGGAAGUUCAAGCUGAUUGAGGGACAGCUUGAGACAAGCAACUUUGAGAUUGUUAAUGUUGUUGGAAAUGGGACAGAAAGGAUUGGAUUUUGGACACCAGCUCAUGGCUUUUCCAAGAGAUUAAAUUCCAAGGUUUUUGUAGAUAAAGUUAGUAAAUGGCCUGGUGAUUCUAGUGAUGUACCUAGAGGAUGGGAAUGGCCAACCAAUGGGAAAAAUCUUAGUAUUGGCAUUCCAGUGAAGCCUGGAUUUCUGGAGUUUGUGAAUGUGACUAAUACUAGUAACUUGGUUUCAAAUAAACAAAAAGGUUACUGCAUUGAUAUCUUUGAUAAAGUAAUGGAUGCACUGCCUUACAAAGUCAAUUAUGAGUACAUACCCUUUGCUGAUGAGAUGGGCAGAAUGAAGGGAACUUAUGAUGAUCUUGUUGAACAGGUUUAUCUUAAGAAUUUUGAUGCUGUUGUCGGUGAUAUAACAAUCGUAGAAGACCGAUCUCUGUACGUUGAUUUCACUCUGCCAUUCACUGAGUCUGGUGUGUCCAUGGUGGUCCCAGUCAAAGAUCAGAAUAGGAAGGGUGCAUGGACAUUUUCAGAUCCAUUGAGCACACCUCUCUGGAUUGUAAGUGGUGUAUUCUUCAUCUUCACUGGCUUUGUGGUUUGGUUUUUGGAACACAGGGAAAACAGAGAAUUCCGAGGCCCCCCGGGCAAUGAAGUUGGCACAGUCCUCUAUUUCAUCUUCUCCACCCUUGUCUUCUCUCACCGGGAGAAGAUAGUGACAAAUUUAUCUAGGAUUGUGCUCAUUAUUUGGAUGUUCGUAGUCCUGAUUCUGCAGCAAAGUUAUACUGCAAGCUUAUCAUCAAUGCUUACAGUGCAGCAACUCCAACCAACGCUGAAUGAUCUCCAGCAGCUUGCAUUGACCAAAAGCAAAGUUGGCUACUUGAAUGCUUCAUUCAUGCCUGGUCUCUUGAAAGGAUUGAACAUUGAUGAAUCGAGACUCAUAGCAUACAACUCUCCGGAUGAGUACAAUGAGGCACUGAGCAAUAAAACAGUGGCCGCCAUUGUUGAUGAGACUCCUUAUCUCAAAGUGUUCCUCCGCAAACACUGUGGCAAAUACACCAUGGUUGGACCUACAUACAACAAUGAUGGAUUUGGCUUUGCAUUCCCCAUAGGAUCACCAAUGGUUGCUGAUGUUUCAAGAGCCAUCUUAAAGAUUACAGAGAACAAAGAAAUAAUGGGAUCCCUUGAAAACCAUUACUUAUAUGAAGAUGAAGCAUGUUCUGUUCAAGAAGAUGGUGUUUCAUCUUCAAGCAGCAGGAUUUCAAUCAAGAGCUUCUGGGGAUUAUUUCUCAUCAUUGGUGUCACUUCCAUGCUUGCCCUUCUUAUACAUUCAGUUAUGUUCAUCUGUGAGCGUUGGAAUUCUGGAUUGUCUCUUGGUCAAAUGCUUCUUUUGUUGAUCAAAUUCUACAAGCCAGACAUACCAUCUAAUGCACCCAAGGGAGAACAAGAAAUGGUAACACUGAGUGAAAUGGAGAGUCCAGCACCUCCGGUUGGGCAUGAAAGUGUUGUUGAGAGUGAGAGUUAUUAUGAUGUGGGGACUCCAUUAAAGGAUGAGGAAACACAUUUGGGUUAUGCUUCCACUUAGAAGAAGACGCAGAAACAGAGAUGAAAGAAGAAUAAAUAUGGAGAUAUAUUGUGUUGCUGUAAUGAUAUAUUUCAAUCAAAUUAUGAUGCUCUGUUUUAUAAAAACUUGAUCAUAAAGAAUCU